AUCUGGCGGCCCCCAAUCGGCAUUAGCGCCUUUCGGCUAACUGAUAGGGCUCCAUUUCCCACAAACCUCAUCGACUCCGCCUUUGGCCAGCGAGUUUGUCCGUCACACAUUAAUCCCAACACACCAACGCCGUCGACAACAGCACAUUCUCCGCCAGCAGUCAACAUGUCGGAGACAAAGCAGUUCGGAAAGGGACAGAGGGUUGUGCCGGCUCAGAAGGCCCAGAAAUGGUACCCUGUCGAUGAUGAGUCGCAGCCCAGGAAAGUCCGCAAGGCUAUCCGCCCCGCUAAGGUCCGGGAGAGCCUCCAGCCCGGUACUAUCCUGAUCCUCCUCGCCGGUCGCUUCCGUGGCAAGCGUGUCGUUCUCCUCAAGCACCUCGACCAGGGUGUUCUCCUCGUUACCGGCCCCUUCAAGAUCAACGGUGUCCCCCUCCGACGGGUGAACGCCCGCUACGUCAUUGCCACCAGCACCCGCAUCGACAUCAGCGGUGUUGACAGCUCCGUCGUCGAGAAGGUCUCCGCCCCCGGCUACUUCACCAAGGAGAAGAAGGCCGAGAAGAAGACCGAGGAGGCCUUCUUCCAGCAGGGAGAGAAGCCCGAGAAGAAGAAGGUUGCCAGCGCUCGCGCCAGCGACCAGAAGGCCGUCGACCAGUCCAUCCUGGCCUCCGUCAAGAAGGAGAACUUCCUCGGCAGCUACCUUGCCGCCUCCUUCAGCCUCCGAAACGGCGACAAGCCCCACGAAAUGAAGUGGUAGAUGUGUGCGACGCGGCGGCCGCGGGUUCGGUAGUUCUUGUGGAGGAAUUCAUUUGCUCGGGCGGCUUUUGAUGAGAAGAGAAAGAAAUAUUGCAAGCUUCGCGGUUCCCUUUUUCGCUAUCGCACGUACGUGUGCGGGCUGGAGGGGGAAUCGCAGCGCAUGGGAACAGAGGGGCGAAAAGAAAACAUGGAAAGCUGAUGAGAGAAGAAAAGGAAAUAUGUGAUGUAAACUCUUCUGAGUCCCGGCCUCCGAGGCGAUAUACCCCGAGUCCAUCAUUGGGUUUCUUCUCGUGUUUUUUCUUUUUCUUCUUUACGAUCCAGCCAGCAGGUUUUACUUUUUUCCCCUUCUAUCCCCGAGCGUGGAUGUCUAAUGAUGAAAAGCCGUGUGAGCAGAGAAAGAAAAGAAAAAAAUUCAUGAAUACCUUUUCCAGCUGUUACGUUGUCUCCUUUUUCUCUACUACUAAAAGAUGGGAUGGAUCAUGGCCGGGAGUUUGACUACAUUAGUACGAUACACUACACUACACCUUUUACUCGAAUUUAGGAAUCUUGAAUCGGGCUCUAGUGCAUUCGUUGUGUCUGUUAAGUUUUUCCUCCCCUCCGUCUCGUCAUCCCCUUGAUCCUAGUAUCUACUACUAGUAGUAUAGGUAGCUUUUCCCAGGAUAUUGCACAAAUGCACGCCGAAACAUCAACAACACCUGAUUCAACGCGAACGAGACUGCUAUCUAUAUACCCAUUACUGAGGCGUAACCCGCAAACGACAUGAUAUCCAAACGCAACCAACUCGCUAAACAACAAACCAAACCCAAAGAAAAGGACUAUGACGAUCAGCGUCAACAUCUCAAAACACAACAACGACAACGAAAAUUCGGAAAGGAACCCAAUCUAGACGCCGCGAACUACCCCACAUAAACAGACAGACCCCAGACUCCCCUCCUAAGCGAU